CUUAAUUUCCGCUGUUUUUUUCGCGUCACACAAAUGUCUUCCUAAAGUCCAAACUUUUUUUCAUUUUCUUCUUAAAUCUAUUUGCCGGAACUCGUGGGUAAUAUUUUUGCUUUGUGGGGUUGUGUUAAUUUCUCUGAAAAUCAAAGAAAAGUCUCUGUUUUUUCUUGGGUUUGAGUAAUCUUGAAAAGUUUUAGCUGAAAUUACUGUUAAUUUUAGCUUGUGGGUUUUGACUGUUGUCAGAAAAUCUCGCCGGAAUCAUCGGUUUCCGGUCAUCGGAAGCAUAAAAAUCAAAACUUUAUGUUAUGUUUUUCCAUAUAUAAUACAUAAAAUCCCGUUUUUAUCUCCCCUCUUCUCUUACCCUGUUUUUUUUUUUUUUUUUGUCUCUGUUUCAUUCUUUGGUGAGAGAGAAAGAGAGAAAAAGUUUCUGUUUUUUUUUCUUUUAUUUUUUUCUCAAUUUCUCUCUUUUUUGUGUUUUUCUUUUGUAUAAUUAAUGACAAUGGAAAAGGGUUCAAUGCAAUCAAAUCUUGAUUGUUUUCUUAAUUGUACAACCCCAUUAGUCCCAUCUCAGUUUCUAGCCAAGAGUGAGAUUAGAAACCUGAAUAAGCUAUGGCAUCCAUGGGAAAGGGAAAAGGUGGAAUAUUUCAAGUUGGCUGAUCUUUGGAAUUGUUUUGAUGAAUGGAGUGCUUAUGGGGCUGGAAUACCUAUUAGAUUGGAUACAGGGGAAACUUUGGUUCAAUAUUAUGUUCCUUAUCUUUCAGCAAUUCAAAUAUUUACCAGCACUUCACCUGCAAACUUUUUAAGGGAGGAGGCCGAAUCUGUUUGCGAGAUGAGGGAUUCUUUCAGCGAUUCGUUAAGUGAUGAGAGCGAGAAUGAAAAGCUAUCGAGGUGGGACGGAUGCUCCUCUGAGGAAGGUGUAGUUGAACAAGAUAGCUUAAGCAGAACGAAUGAUAGAUUGGGCUACCUAUAUUUUCAGUAUUUCGAGAGAUGUACUCCAUAUGGAAGAGUUCCUCUAAUGGAUAAGAUUAAUGGCUUUGCUGAAAGAUACCCUGGACUAAUGUCAUUGAGAAGUGUAGAUCUUUCGCCGGCUAGUUGGAUGGCAGUUGCUUGGUAUCCGAUAUAUCACAUUCCCAUGGGGAGAACCAUUAAGGACUUAUCGACGUGCUUUCUCACUUUCCACACCCUUUCUUCUUCUUUUCAAGAUAUGGACCUUGAAGAUGACAUGGAGAAUGGUAGUAGGAAAAGAAAGGAAGGGGAGAGCAUCUCUCUCCCACCUUUCGGUUUGGCCACUUACAAGAUGCAGGGUGACGUGUGGAUUUCUGAUAGAAACGGAAGGGACCAAGAAAGGCUGAUGUCACUUUUUAGCGUGGCUGAUUCUUGGCUAAAACAAUUGGGGGUUCAGCACCAUGACUUCAACUACAUGAGUAUUCGUCGUGGUUGAU